AUGGGGAAGGGGGGCAACCAGGGCGAGGGGGCCACCGAGCGCGAGGCGCCGAUGCCCACCUUCAGCUGGGAGGAGAUUCAGAAGCACAACGGGCUCACGGACAAGUGGCUCGUCAUCGACCGCAAGGUCUACAACAUCACCAAGUGGUCCAGCCGGCACCCAGGGGGCCACCGGGUCAUCGGACACUACGCGGGGGAAGAUGCUACGGAUGCCUUCCGCGCCUUCCACCGUGACCUUGAUUUUGUGCGCAAGUUCCUGAAGCCUCUGCUGAUCGGAGAGUUGGCCCCAGAGGAGCCCAGCCAGGACCAUGGCAAGAACUCCGAGAUCACCGAGGACUUCCGGGCCCUGAGGAAAACUGCCGAGGAUAUGAACCUAUUUAAGAGCAAUCACCUGUUCUUCCUCCUCCUCCUGGCCCACAUCAUCGCCAUGGAGAGCAUUGCCUGGUUCACCAUCUUUUACUUUGGCAAUGGCUGGAUCCCCACCGUCAUCACGGCCUUUGUCCUUGCUACCUCUCAGGCCCAAGCUGGAUGGCUGCAACACGAUUAUGGCCACCUGUCGGUCUACAAGAAGUCCACAUGGAACCACAUUGUCCACAAGUUCAUCAUUGGCCACUUAAAGGGUGCCUCUGCCAACUGGUGGAAUCAUCGUCACUUCCAGCACCAUGCCAAGCCCAACAUCUUCCACAAGGAUCCGGAUGUCAACAUGCUGCAUGUAUUUGUCCUGGGCAAAUGGCAGCCCAUUGAGUACGGCAAGAAGAAGCUGAAAUACCUACCUUACAACCACCAGCACGAGUACUUCUUCCUGAUCGGGCCGCCUCUGCUCAUCCCCGUGUACUUCCAAUACCAGAUCAUCAUGACCAUGAUCUCACGCAGAGACUGGGUGGACUUGGCCUGGGCCUUCAGCUACUAUGCCCGCUUCUUCAUCACCUACAUCCCUUUCUACGGCAUCGUGGGGGCCGUCCUCUUCCUCAACUUCAUCAGGUUCCUGGAGAGCCACUGGUUUGUGUGGGUCACACAGAUGAACCACAUCGUCAUGGAGAUUGAGUGUGAGCCUUACCGUGACUGGUUCAGCAGCCAGCUGGCUGCCACCUGCAACGUGAAACAAUCCUUGUUCAAUGACUGGUUCAGCGGGCACCUCAACUUCCAGAUCGAGCACCACCUCUUUCCCACCAUGCCCCGGCACAACUUCCACAAGGUGGCCCCGCUGGUGAAGUCCCUGUGCAAGAAGCACGGCAUUGAGUACCAAGAGAAGCCGCUGCUGAGGGCCCUGCAGGACAUCAUCAGGUCCCUGAAGAAGUCUGGGGAGCUGUGGCUGGAUGCCUACCUCCACAAAUGAAGCUGUAGCCUUUGGGACACCCAUGGGGAAGGGGAGCAGGUUGGGAGUGCUGGCCUUGGGGUGGGGGGUGGGCUUUUGUUCCGAAGGGUGUCCACGAGGCUGGGGUACACGCUGGCUCACAGACCCCGUGUUUGGUCUUUCUCUCAUUUUCCUCUCUUUCCCUUCACCUGUCUCCCUCACGGGGCUGCCCUCUGUCGGGCGGCCCCUCACCCUCUUCUCCCAGCCCCCAGCCCCAGGAGCAGAGAGAGGUGCUCCAUCCCAGCCCCCCAGCUUCUGCCCCUAAACUUCUGCAGGACUAGAGGCCGACAGAAGCAGCCCAUGACGCCCCCAUCUUGCUGCCUGGCCUCUAGGCCUCAUGCCCUCUUUUCUCCCUCAGAUGCUCUUGGCGUCCGUGGGCGGGGGUCCUAGUUGGACACGAUGCUCUCCCUGGCCCCGCAGACCCGGCCGCCCGCGUGUGUCAGUGUCAGGGAGCGUGUGUGCUCCUCGCGCCCGUCUCCCGCCCAGCCCACGCUGGGACCAUCGGUGCUCGGGGCCUCCCUGCUGGUGUCCAGGGUCCCAGCCCGGCGCCCGGCUCCCUUUGCCUGAGCAGCGCGACCAGCUCAGACCUCGGGAGCCCCCAGAAGUGUCCUCGCCCCACUGGCGCCCCCCGAGACCCGGGGCUUGUGCAGUUCCACCCCACGUUUGCCAGCUGCGCAGCCUGUGACCUUAGGUUUAGGGGGCAGUCCUGAAGGUGGGCUGUCAGGGGCCGGGUCAGGUUGGUCGGAGGAUCAGCCCUGCGCCCCGCCCUCCCCAUCAGGCUGGGAAACCCAAGAUCCUGGAGCGAUUGGCCCCUUCUCCCAAGUGCUCUGUUACCUGCCAGGCAGCACCAGCUAGUCUCUAGCCACUCGGCCAAGGGGCCUCGGGCCCUUGCAGCUGCAGGAGGGCGCCCGAGCCUCACACAGCCCCUCCCUGAGUUGUGGCUGCUAGUGUGGACGUGCUCACACUGUCUUCUGCCCUCCCAUCUUCCGGUUUUUUAACCUUUUGUUAUAGAGUACGUUCUGCCAGGCGGGUGGCAGCAGGGCUGCCUUUUACCACCUGCCCCUCACUGCCUCCCCGGGCCCCACAGUGGGCUGAGCCGGGCUCACUCCCUGAGGCCACAGUGGCCCUCACUGUGGGGACUUCUGGGGCCUCUGGUGUCGAGAGCGCAGUGGGGGCACAGAGGGGGCCAGUCCCAGAGGAGGUGACCCUGACAGCUGGGGGGCUGGGAGGGAGGUCUCGCGAGGACCGAGUGAAAACUGCAGCAAGGCGAUUGGGGCCGGAGGCCAGGUGGCCGAGGGGCUGGGGAGUGAGAGGGAGGGAGGGCUUCAGGCUGCCAUGUUCAGAAAUCUAACCCACUAAUCAAUCUUUAGCCUCAGGGGAGGGGAGCAGAAUCAAGAUCACUGGGGGGGAAGGCUGCAGUCCCCCAGCUCUGGCCAGCCAGGAGGGACCAGCGUCUAGUGUGACAGCCCUUCGGAUUGCCAUAACAGUGUGGGCCCCCGAGGCCCUCCCACUGAGAACGCAGGCCCAAGGGGCUGUCCCUCCCCAGAGACAGAAUGGAUCCAUAGGGAACAGAUCUUAAUUUUUACCAGGUUGCUUCCCCACCCCCUACACUUUUUGGAAAUUAAAGUAAUUUUAUUCUCACUUC